AUGUCUCUACUACAGACGAUAAGAGAAUCCAACCAGCCCGAAUAUGAUGAAAGUUCCGGGACGGUAGAGGGAGAAGAUACAGUAGACGAAGCCCAACCUGCCGUUCCCGCCCCCAUGAGCGAAGGUCGGAUACUCCGCAAGAUGAGACAUAAGUUGAGGCGCUAUCCACACCUCUGGGUGGGAAGUUCCUUUGAUAUCAGGGAUAGCACACUCCUCUUUGGCCCUUCUGCCGACUUCAUCGAUUACUCAAGGCUCAAUGGGAGUUGUCAUCUAGCCAAGAUUUGUCAUUAUAAAGCGGGCGAAGAUCACAUCGCCGAGACACAAACGUUCUGGACUUCGGAGAACAACGCUUUAUGCAAUUUGAUGAUUUCGACUUGUGGUGCCACAGCCUACGGCUUCCCAAGAUUAAUAUGGCUCAAGUAUCCUGAUGAAUUAAAAGAGUAUCACAUUAGGGUCGAUAUCAAGAUCAUGCUUUCUACCAUUGCCAUGACCCGUUACAAUGUCUCAUGGGGUAUUCUUUCGACUCGACCAGACAAGAUUCGGAUUCUUCAUGGACCCAAAAUAUUCAGCCCCAAACAUUCGUGGGACGCCAUGAUUUUGCGAGACUGCACUGUUACCGCCGAGGGUGAACUCCGGAAAUCUCCUGAAAUUGCUACUCGGAGAUGGGACGUUCUCCUAAUGAAGAUGGGCUGGAACUAUAGCUACCCUUGGCUUCCAGUUUCUAUCCAAGAUGCUGGGCCUUUCGUAGAUCCUACAACCGAGACUACCCGAUGCUUUCCAGGUAUCUUUAACCCCCACCCUACGAUCAAUCCGCAGUGA